AUGGUGUGGGAGCUUGGAAAGGAGCAAACACUCCAAGAGCGGACUUCGUCACAGGUGUUUUGCAGCAUCAUUGGGAACAUGGCACUUGAUCCGAGCAUGGUGGUCGAUGUUCCAGAGAUCCUCCAGGAGCGAUAUCCCGGAGAUCCGCAAGGACGAGCUGCAAAGCAAGGUGUGCAAGAAGGCUUGGCAGACAUCUUGGACUUGCUGAACGACAAGAUCCUGGACAACUCCAGUGUCUUGUUUCAGGAUAUUCACAUUCGAUACCGACAGGUCGUGCAGCGCCCAAAAACUCUUUGCUUGACCUGCGCAGGCGGGAAGUUCCAAAGCCUUCAUCAGGGUGACAUGAGGAACUCCCCGGCAGAGCUGCCGGUGAGUGUGGAGUUUGUGCAGCCAGCAGAGCUGCUGGAGCCCGUUCCAAGAGAAGCUGUGCCAGAAGGAGAGGUUGGAUCGGUGGAUGAUGCGUUUCUGGAAGACCUCCUGCGGGCGUUGAAGACACAUGCUGGCGGAGCAGUGUUCUCCUUGGAGGAUCAGGGGAUGUUGGUUUGUGCAUCAACGCAGAGGGAUGCUAUAUCCUUGGUGAAGGAUGCGACGGAGAUCUUUCAACAAGAGCAAACACUGCAAGAAGUUCAUGUGGAUCAGGCCACUGGGAGGCCCAGCGAAGCCAAUCCCUAUCUCUUCAAUGGGGACUUUGUGGAUCGAGGUGCCUACUCCUUGGAAGUCAUUCUGCUGCUUUUUGCGCUGAAGUUGCGCUACCCCAGAGCAGUCCUGAUGAAUCGAGGGAACCACGAGGCCGCAGAUUUGAACUUGAGGUACGGCUUCGCGGCCGAGCUGCGCGACCGCUACGGCGCCGCCGGGGAGACGCUCUUCGCGGCCUUCGCCACGGCGUUCCGGUGGCUGCCGCUGGCGCAUGUGGUCAACGAGGAGGUCUUUGUGGUGCACGCUGGGCUGCCUGGGCCAGACCCCAGGCUGCAGUUCAACGAUGCGGGAGGCAUGGGUACAGGCUACGCAGCGAUGGAGAAUAGCGGUCGUCGUGGCGGUGGCCAGAACCUCUCGCUCUUGGGAUACAAUCCAGACAACGUCUCCCUGCCGCCCCGUGAUGCCGAGCUGACCUUGGAGGAGAUCGCCCGGCUGCCGCGGGGCAGCGACCCCGCCACGGAUCUCCAGGCACUCGAGGAGCUACCUGAGGAGGAAGCAGAGGUGCAACGUUUGAUUGUCGACCUUCUUUGGGCUGAUCCUCGCGGGAAGACUGGCUAUGGCCCUUCCUACAGAGUGAAAGUGCAGGGCUACGAGUGGACCCACUCAGACUGCAUCACCGUCUUCUCUGCACCCAACUACCUGGGGCAUGCGAAGAACAAGGGUGCAGCAGCGCGGAUGUGCAUUCCAUCAGACCUCUUUGAGGGUGUAGUGAAGCUCCUCCCAGAUGACGCUGGCCACCUGACACCUUCUUUCAUCACCUAUGAAGCUGAAGAGACGAUGGCGGGCCGUGUGCCCUGCUGA